UGUCUGCAGAAUGUAUUGCUUGCCAGAAUCCAAUACGAGCACGUCAGCAAGGCCUCCAAUUUGAUAGUUGUUUUCGCCGGCAACAUCGUACUUGUGGAACGGGAAUCCCAGUGUGAUUACCGUUUUGCUGAGCAAACUGGUGCUUCCAUCGACUGGCGCUGUGUUACCUGUCUGUCCAUGUCGCUGUCUGAGAGUACGCCUGUCGCUGAGAGUACGCCUGUUGACUUCGCCGGGUCUAUGUCCACCCUCUACGAGCCACUUGCCGAUCCUGCUGUUGAUGAAUCAUCAAUCCUUGAGCCACUACCUGCAGCCGUAGAAAACGACUCUUCCUUUACUGUCACCUUCCAAAUCCUGGAAGACUCCACGACGAAAGGCAGACCGAAGCUCGUAGACAGUAGGGACUAG